AUGGAGAAUGUUUUCGACAGUGGGAGACGCGACUAUGUGCAAGAUGGAGCCGUCGUCGAAGAAGAAGCUUUUAUGGAAGAUGAGGAUAUACCUAUGGAGGACUACUCCUCUCAUGACACCAGCAACAUGAAUUUUGAAGAGGCUACAAUGGAUGGCGUUGAUGAACCCGGCGUUAAGAGACACCGACGCACACAGUCGCUCGAGGCCUUGGCCAACGCUCCUGAUGCGAAACGUCGAGCUCGAUACCUUACCAUGGCCGAGAUGUCUGCGACUGCUGAUACCAGUCACUCUGUUGAGACUGCCUACGUCGUGGAUUCAGUGGGAGAUUUACCAAGGACAUUCAAGUCAGCAAUGGAAUCCAGCGACGCAGUCAAGUGGAAAGAGGCUUGUGACUCCGAAAUAAAUUCCCUUCGUCAAAAUGAGACCCGGAAUCUCGUGCCGCUUCCACAGGGACGCAAGGCAAUUGGUAAUCGAUGGGUAUUUCGGGUCAAGGAGAACCAGGAUGGAGAAAUCGAGCGGUUCAAAGCGCGUCUGGUUGCCAAGGGAUUUUUGCAGAAGUUUGGCAUCGACUAUGACGAGACGUUUGCACCAGUGGCCAAGUUCACAUCGAUCCGAAUCGUGCUCAGUUUAGCUGCGAAGUACUCGUUCAUGAUUCACCAGAUGGAUGUCAAGACAGCAUUUCUAAAUGGACAUCUUGAUGAAGAUGUUUACAUGGAGCAGCCAGACGGCUACGUUGAUGAAGACCAUCCGGACUACGUGUGCAAGCUCAAGCGUUCGCUGUACGGACUGAAGCAGUCGCCGCGCAUGUGGAACCAGACCAUUGACGAUUUUAUGCUGGGCUUGGAUUUUAAGAAGUGCAAGACCGACCAUUGCAUUUAUUUCAAGCGAGAUCAAGAAGACUUGAGUUUUGUAGCGCUGUACGUUGACGAUUUGGUCCUCGUAAGCAACAACGCCGAACUGAUUAGAGCUACAAAGGAUGCGCUAAGUGAGCGGUUUGAGAUGACGGAUCUCGGCGAACUCAAGUACUUCCUCGGAGUGGAAGUUAACCAAGAUUGUUCAGCUGGUACGAUUUCGAUUUGUCAGUCCAAAUUUGCAAAGGACAUCCUUGAGAAAUUUGGCAUGGAUAACAGCAAUCCUGUCAGAACUCCACAAGACCCUGGACUCAAGCUGACAAAGUCAAUGUGCGUGGAUGGGUGCAAGCAUGACGAAACCAUGGCAGGUGUACCAUAUCGAAGCGCAGUCGGUUGCCUGAUGUACUUGAUGGUGGGAACACGCUCGGACCUUGCGGCUGCAGUGGGAGUGCUUAGCCAGUUCUCGGCAGACCCUUGUCCGACCCAUUGGCAGGCUCUCAAGCGGGUAUUACGUUACAUCCAAGGCACAAGGGAAUAUGGAAUUGAGUAUCAAGCAACAAACAAUGACAAACUGCACGGCUAUUCGGAUGCAGACUGGGCAGGCGAUGUGGAAUCUCGACGCAGCACGAGCGGGUACACGUUCAUAUUGAACAACGGGUGUGUAAGCUCGAGAAGUAAGAAACAGAGCACUGUGGCUCUUUCAUCUACGGAAGCAGAGUACAUGGCGUUGUCGGAAGCUGCACAAGAAGCAAUUUGGCUGAAGGCACUAUUAUGUGAGCUCGACGAGAUGAGGAGCGAUGAAGCUGUCAAGAUCUACGAGGACAACCAAGGCUCCAUCGCAUUGGCCAAAAAUCCCGAGUUUCACAAGCGCACCAAACACAUCGACAUUCGUUUUCAUUUUGUACGCGAGAAAGUGGCUGAAGGAACAUUGGUGUUGGAAUACUGCUCGACCAAGGACAUGAAGGCCGACCUGAUGACGAAGCCAAUUCCUGUAGUACAGUUUCAACAUCUACGGAACAUGCUGGGUGUCAAGGUGCUAACUUCUGCCGAGGCGAGUGGGAGUGUUGUCACAAAUGCGCCUCGGCAUGCGUAUUCGCACAAGAACCUGUAG